AUGCGAAGAGAGCGGUGUCAAGUCUACUACUAUCAUUGGACGGGUGUUCGUUUUGGGAUCAAUAAAAAAUCCAUUGUCCCACAACACUUCUGCUUUAUGGCCUCGGAGUUCUUGCACUAUUUGAGAAACUUUUUUCCACAUCAUACAGUGACCAGUGUUCAUUCUGGUUCCGAGUGUGACACAACGUGGGGUCACAGUUGCUGA